UUGACAGGCAACCAAUGUAUUUUUUCCAAAAUCUGGAAAUAUGGUGGUAUUUCUUUGAGUAGGUGUGAAGACUGGCUGCAGAAUUUUUAACAUGAGGUGCUGAUAAGGGGAUAUUUUUAGCAAUCAAGAGCUUUGUAAGAUGUUGAUCAUUACCUUAAUUUUCAUGACUUUUGUGUUUGAUUCAGCAGUUAUAAUUUAGGAGAAACUAGAAACUUGUUACUACUAAGAGUUAAAAGAGUUCAAGGGUUGAAAUAUUACAGCUUAUUACAUGAAAGCCAAAUACGAGUUCUAAAUUGAUAAUUUUUGUCUCAGAUAUCAUCAGAACACCAGACAGGCUUGAGAGUUGAAAAAUGAGAAAGGUUGUGACUUAAAGGGAUACUCCAAAAUCAGAAGAGUACAGAAGGUGUCCAGGAACCAUGGGUAUUUCCGCAAGUAUAGCAAAUUCCUCUCGCAAAUAUCGCACCAAUGAAGAAUUGCCUCCUGCUCGGAAGUCAUCUAAACAUUCAUCUAUUGAAGUUUCUGAUGAUGGUGAUGAAGAAUUAAGAAGUGUGCAAAGCUUCAGACAGUCGAGCCCAAUGGCACAUCAAGAUGCAAGGUCCUUUGCUUUUGAUAGGACCCACACAAAACAGUAUAACCCAAGAAAUCAAGUGGACAGGCAUAGUUACCAUGGCAACCUGGAGCUUGUUCGUCCUGCCAGUAGACGCAUAUACCAUCCUGGCAGUUUAGAUCGGGGUUCUAGAAAUGGAAAUGGUUCAUAUUCCACAUAUAGUGCAAGAGAGUCACUCUCAAGAGCUUUGGUUUCACCAAGUACCUCAAGCGUGUAUGGGUCACAGCCUAGACCUGCACGAACCAUGAGAGAUGUCAGAGAGUAUUUGUUUCAGCAUCCAGAGCUAAUAGCUGGUAAGAAGAACAAGCAAAUGAGGCAAUCUGUUGAGAGUGAUCUGUAUGGGGUCUCUACCAAUCACAAGCAGAUGAAAACUAAACAGCAUGUUUACAUGGGACUCAUAAACAUUCCCAUAAUCUAUGGAGCUGGUGCUCGACCAGAUCAUAAGCAGCUAAAGGUUGAUCAAAAGUUGUACCUCAACCUUGUUUACCCGACAAUGAGACCCAAAGAUUACCGCAGUCAGGUCAUAAGAUCACAUCCUCCCCUUAAACAGGAAGGUAUGGUUGUUGUGAGAAAAGAUGAUUCUCUACGGCAGCCUAAUGAAUAUAUAAAAAGACCUCUUCCACACAUGCUGGUGUCAAGGGUUCCAGAAGCACCUAAUGGAAAAAAUGUCCCUGGGUCUGUACGGCAAGAAAGAACAAUUUCAAGGGCAGAGGCUCCUACUUCCCACAGAGUUAGAAGUCAAUCACGAAGUGUAGCAGAGAACAUCCCUAAAAGAGCAAGUAAUGACUAUGUUGAUUUUCCUGAUGUUGUUAAUGAACCACUUACAAGCAGGUCUGUUAGAAGUGAACAACUAUUGCUUAGGGACAGUCGACAGAUGAAUGGUUUUGUCAAGUCUGGGAAUUCGCGGCAGAGGACUCCAAGACUUGGAAAAGAAGAUGAUGAGGUUGUGUUCACCUUCAAUGUUGAAGAUCUUAAUCUCAGGAAAAAGACUGAAAUACCUCAGUUUGAACAUGACAAGGAUACAGGACAAGUGGAACCACUUUACUUCAGGAAGUCUCUUGCUUUCAGCCCAAAGUAUGAAUAUAGUGAAGACCUUCUGUCAAGUCCAUUGUGAAGAUGUUAAGCUGUCAAAAAUAUUGCCACCCACAUGGCCAGGGCAGUUUACAUGUACAUCGUGCACAAUUUGGUGCAGAGAAGGGUACAUUUGUAAGUUUAAAAAUUAGUUUAACUGUGGAGAUGGACAAAACUGCCAAAAGACAGCCUGUGGGUAUAACUUUUCCAUGUAGUGUUUGCAUGUUGCCUCACAUAUGUUGUAAGAUGUACUUCUACCUUUCUGCUCAAAUCUGAGGGCCUCACUAAGAGCAAGCUGUUUAAGUUUUUGGUCACCAACUUAACAAUGCCCACAAAAACAAGAGUAUGUUUGGAAAAAAUUUUCACAUGAAAGAAGAAUAUACGAUUGUAUCCAAGAAAUUAAUUGGAAAAGGUGUACGGGUAAUUAGUGGAAGUUCAAGGAGUAAAAAAGCAGGGGCAGAAAUAUACACCACAGGCUUUGAUGAAGUAACAAUAACAGUACUAAUUAUGACUGCCUGAAAAACAGGUAGUAUCUUUCUUUGUUUUUGAAAAAUUAUUCAUUUCUGGAUUUCAAAAAGAAAUGUUUAUGUUCGAUGAAUUUGGAUGGUUUUCACUUUUAAUGCUUUCAAAAGAUCUCUUUAUGGUCAUGGCAGAAAAAUUCAUAAUGGGUGUUAACAAUUUUUAUAUGAUUUCUCUUCAAAUUUUUACAUUUCUGGGAUUGCGUUUGAAGAGGUUAUUCUACAAAGGAAAUAUAUGGUCAGGUGUGCUAAGCUUUUUGAAGUGUAUUAAUUAUUUAUCAAAGAUCUACAUUUAUACUAACUAAAGAUAAUACCCUAGAAAAUUUGAAAAAUUACCAUGCAAAGUUUACAUUUUUGUAUCAAACUUGAGAUAAAAAAAAUAAUGAAUUGAAGAGACAAAUUUUAGGAGAGCAUUCCUCUUUUUAGUUUGGAAUGACCUUCUUCUUGAAAUGUCUUGAUUUUUGUGGGAGUCUCCAAGCUUGAAAAAAACUGUGUUCAGUUAUUGGGAGUGUUUGAUUUCCCAGCCACAGUAACACUAUUUUUUCACUGUAAAUGGGUAGACUCCCAGAAACUUCCUCUCUACGCAGCGUUUGAUUUCAUAGUUCUUUUAUAGCCCAGACACAAAGUCAAACGUUUUCAUUGUUUUCACAUUUUAACUAUUUUUUAGGGUUUGCAUUCUAUCGCAUAUGCAUCAUAAUGAUAUGAUAUAAACCAAACAGUGUGACUUGUUGUUUAGCUCAGAGAGUGGAUGAUAUAAUUCCUUUUCCGUUACCCAGUAAUGCUACUAUGAAUUAUUUUUUCAAGAUCUUUUUCUUUACAUCUGUGGCUCCUUAGCAGAGCAUAGGCCAUUUUUGUUUUUUUUUUUUAAAAGAUGCUAAGUAAUAUUUUAAUAGGUUUAAGAGUUAAUACAAAAUACAAAACAUGCACCUGUACAGGAGUACUGUAUUGGAAGACAGAUGAUAACUCUUGAAUGAGAAAUUGACUCAGUAUAGCUUGAUUUUAUCUAUAUCAGAAUUCCAGAAUUCUAAGGUUAGAAGCAAUCUUUAAUUCAUUAACUCCAUUGAUUUUAAGGUUGAAAAUUGUAGAUGAGAACUUGUUAUUUACUUUAAAUAAUUAAUUUAUUGCAAAAAAUGUAAAAACUUAAGUCCAGCUUUUGAAGGGACACAAAGGGUUCAUAUGGGUUGUGAUAAACCAGUCAUGGAACCACUAAGUUUCUAGGCCCGGGAGCAAUUAUGACAUGAUUUUGAAAGUGGGUUAUAUUAAAGGUCAUGGCAAAUGACUGAUUAGGAUAUUUUGAUUGUUCUCACUUUAUUUUGGAACCCUUACCUUGAUCACAGGCCAUAGAGAACAUCAAAACAAAUCCUUGCAAAGGUCUUGGAAAGUCAUGGAAUAAUGAUUUUGAAAUACUGUAGGAUUCCAGGCCUGACAACACAAAACCGUAACAGUACAGAUUACACUGUUAUCAUUUACCUAGUCAUCACUCUUUCUGGUUGACAAAGUGAUUAUUUUUUAAUAAUAAAUGAAGAAUCACAAUAAA